CAGGACUACCCCGGCCCGCGGGCGGAAGCCGGAGCUUCGGAGGCCGCUGGGGCCUGGAGCUGGCGACACCGAGACGUGCGCCUUGGGACCUGCUGUCGGCGCGCCAACUGCCCACCACCUCUUGCCCCGCGCCGCCAUGAAGGACUCGUUGGUGCUGCUUGCCCGCGUCCCGGCGCACCCCGACUCCCGCUGCUGGUUCCUGGCCUGGAACCCCGCGGGGACCCUGCUGGCUUCGUGCGGUGGAGACCGUAGAAUCCGCAUCUGGGGCACCGAGGGUGACAGCUGGAUCUGCAAGUCUGUUCUUUCUGAAGGCCAUCAGCGCACUGUGCGGAAGGUGGCCUGGUCCCCUUGUGGGAACUACCUAGCCUCUGCCAGCUUUGAUGCUACCACUUGUAUUUGGAAGAAGAACCAGGAUGACUUUGAGUGUGUAACCACUCUUGAAGGCCACGAAAAUGAGGUCAAGUCAGUGGCUUGGGCCCCCUCUGGCAACCUCUUGGCCACCUGCAGCCGAGAUAAGAGUGUGUGGGUCUGGGAAGUUGAUGAAGAAGAUGAGUAUGAAUGUGUCAGCGUCCUCAAUUCCCACACACAGGAUGUCAAGCAUGUGGUUUGGCACCCGAACCAGGAGCUAUUGGCUUCUGCUAGCUAUGAUGACACGGUAAAGCUGUACCGGGAAGAAGAGGAUGACUGGGUAUGCUGUGCCACCCUUGAGGGCCAUGAGUCCACUGUGUGGAGCUUGGCCUUUGAUCCCAGUGGCCAGCGACUGGCAUCUUGCAGUGAUGACCGUACAGUGCGCAUCUGGCGUCAGUAUCUGCCAGGCAACGAACAAGGGGUGGCAUGCAGCGGUUCCGACCCCAGUUGGAAAUGUAUCUGCACUUUGUCGGGCUUCCACUCCAGGACCAUUUACGACGUUGCUUGGUGUCAGCUGACAGGGGCCCUGGCCACUGCUUGUGGGGAUGAUGCCAUCCGGGUGUUUGAGGAGGACCCCAGCUCAGAUCCACAGCAGCCCACCUUCUCCCUGGCUGCCCACUUGCGACAGGCCCAUUCCCAGGAUGUCAACUGUGUAGCCUGGAACCCCAAGGAGCCUGGGCUCCUGGCUUCCUGCAGUGAUGACGGGGAGGUGGCCUUCUGGAAGUAUCAGCGGCCUGAAGGCCUCUGAGCUACUACAACUUUGGAGUAAAGGUUCCCCAGGAAGUUGAAAGACUUCUAGUCCUCGGGGACCUGGAAAAGCUUGCUUGACCUUCAUUUAGCCUGGCUCACCUCUCCUGAGACCUGCAUGGCAGUGUGGAACCACAGGACUUUCCCUCCUUGGUCCAUGAGGACCUUGGUAAAGAGCCACAGGAUGUCUACAUUGUUAGCCAGAGUUUGUCUGCUUUAGGGGACAGUGUGUUACAUUUUGGGGGAUGAAUAUAGUAUUUAUAAUCACGGCAUACGUGUGUGUGUUUCUGUAUGUAGGUGUGCAACAGGGAGUGUACUUCAGACCUUCCUGACAGUGUGAGCUUUAUAGAACUAAUCCAUUCAAGUCCAAAGUCCUAUUUCAUGAAGACAUUCAAUCUUUCCCAUUGUGGACUGUCUAAGUCCUGCUUUCCCUCAGAAAACCUCUUGUGCCAUUAUUCUGAUGCCAACAGAGGAAAUGAGAAAAUAAAUGGGAAAGACAUGAGCCCCAAAAGGGAGAAUUAUAUUUGGCCACAAGCCAUACUUUCUCAGUAAAGAAGAAAAUUGGGUCUCAACUUGUUGAAAACCAUGGGUUUGGAUGUGUUGGUUGUCCCCAAGGCACAGCCUUCACUCUGCUUGUUACAUUGUAGAACUUGUAAUCUUAGAUUUUGGAAAGGUAUCUAGAACACUUUUCUCAAGAUCCCGAGACUCUUUUGGGGAUUGGUACUGAGCACAACCAUGGUAGUAACCCCUAACUAGUAGUAGUAGUUGUCAUUGCCUGGCACCUACAGUAAACACACUGCUGACUUCACCUAGACGUGGCCUUGAUAGAAGCAGUAAAAAUGGUUAACUGUAUUAAAUGUUACCCUUGAGAACAUUUAUAACACUAAGAAAAUGGGAAAGAAGCAUAAAGUACUUCCUUCCACAGUCUCAUGUGUGGCUGUCUUGAGGGAAAGCACGUGUUCAGUUGAGUCACAAGCUGUUAGCUGCAGUCUGCAUGGCACACCGUUUUUACUAGGAAGACUAGCAAAUCCUAGUAUUGGGACUUGGUUAUUUGACUGACAUCUGGAAAAUGAAAAGAUGAACCAUUUAUUGUUAGUAGUCACUGCCAAUGAUAAACUGAAAGCUUAUGUCAGAAUAAGAAUUUCUGAAAACUUUUAGAGCCACCACUAUGAGCUUUACUAGUAGUUAUUUGUUAUUGCUUAACAAAUGUGAUUUGUGUAAUGAAAGGUAUUAACAUUUCAAAGAUCUGUCAUUCAACAAAUUACCAUUUUUCUUCUCCCUGA